AGCGGGGCAAACGCAUUAAACAAAACGAAAAAUGUAUCCACAGAUGAAGGCAUAAUGUCUGAUAUAGUAUUUUUUUCUUCAUUACUCAUUUGCAUAUCAUUGGGAUGCUAUUAUAAAAAGAUAAGUGACGCUGGUUUGAAACGAAAUUAUGGCACCGGUUUGGGUAUUUUACUAGCUUGUGUGAUCUGUGGACAACAAAUAUUUUACACCGCGAUCAUGGUUUGGGGGAAUCUUAUCAUUAUAAAAUGUUGCGAUCGACGAUACAUGCACCAGUUGUGUUUGACAUUCACGUGGAUUUUUUUAAUUUAUCUACAUUUUAAUACCUACACUAAAUAUGCUCUGUGGAUAUAUCAAGCAAUGGCUUUGAGGUUAGUUGGCUUAGCCUUUGAAAUGCACCAUGCACAGCUGGCAAAAUCUGAUCAAACGAAGAGCAAUUCAAGACUCAAUAUGGGAGAUUUUGAUUUCUUAACGAAAGAUCCAUCUGCAGUCGAAAUAAUAACUUACGCGUAUUUUUUUAUAGGAUUGCAUAAAGGUCCAUAUUACAGAUGGAAAACGUUUGAGGACCACUUUAGUUCGAAUUUCAGUUCGCUUGGUGACUAUAGAGUUAUCACAGAACAUAAACUCAAAAAGGUCAUACUGUGUUAUAUUGGCUUUUUGUUGCUACGGAUGAAGUUUUCAGAUGAGAUGUAUUAUACGAAAAAAUUUUACACAAACUUCGGCUCAGAUUUUCGUUAUUUGUACAAUAUACCACAUCUGGUGAUGCAUUUCCUGUACCAUCAGAUCAUAAUGCUACUGUGCACAAGUGUGUGUACGGAAGCCGGGUUCGGCGUGUAUCCUGCUAUAUGUACCCCACUGCCGGGGGCAGGACCUACGACACGAAUCAGUAUUCUAAAAGUAUUACGCAAUGAAUCAACCGAAAAAGCAUUUGAAGAAGAAUAUAAUUUUUCUGCAAUAAAAUGUUUCCACACUGAGAGAGUCAUAAUGGGACCAAGGAUGAGGGACACGAUACGAAGUUGGUACAUGCCCACACGGUUCUGGUUCUGGGCGAAUAUUUACAAAAGCGUCAUAAAAGCGAACAAAGAAGUUCGAAGCGCGAUUUCGUUUCUGCUCUGGACGAUGUGGGUGGGACCUAGCGUGCCUCAUCUCGUAGUUUCGGCAACGCUCUGGGUCCACAUACAUCUGGAAACUGAAUACAGUAACCUGUACGAUACAGACGGACCUAUGAAACUGCCGUGGGAUAUUGGAUUCUCCAUAAUGAGAAUGUUUUGCCUGAUUUACCUGACGCCAUGUUUAAUUAUUAAUAAUAAUACGUACGCCGUGUUGAGAUAUUACAAUUCCAUAUUCUGGGUGUAUCAUAUUGUGUUGGUCGCGUUGAUGAUCGCGUCUGUAGUCAUCUACAAGUGGAGGGGCGGAGACGCGGUCACGUGAUUCUGUAUUACACGUUGUUG